AUGCUAGACGACCAAAGCAUAUGGAACACUAUAGGAGGCGCAAAGGCCUUCUGCUCCUUUAAAAUGAAGACACAGACAGAUCUGCUUUGCAGAAAUGCAAACAAUGUAUCUGGGAUGUGCACGCGAGAGACCUGCCCGCUCUCGAACUCGAAAUACGCAACGGUCAGAGAGAUAAAGGGGAAGCUCUAUCUGCUUAUGAAAGAGCCAGAGCGGCGGCAUAAGCCAAAGUCUCUUUAUGAAAAAGUGGAGCUAGACGAGGACUACGACAAGGCCCUUGCAACAAUCAGUGAAGAGCUGAAGGACUGGGGAAGCUUUAUAGUGCACAAGUGCAAGCAGCGCUUGACAAAGCUUUCAGACUACUUGGAGAGAAGGGCACUUCUUGAUGAAAUUGGCAGGCCCGUAUACAUACACAGAAAAAAGAAGGCAGAGAAGCAGGACAGAGCAAGAGAAGUCAAGGCUGCCCGGCAAGCAAAAAUAGAGAAUGCAGUUGAGAAAGAAGUGCUUGAGCGAUACAAGCUAGGCGUCUAUGGAAACAAGGGUAUGGUAGAGCAGGAGCGAUCGACUGUCCAGGAGGUGAAGAGAAAGAAGCUGGGACAGGUCCAGACCCGAGGAAUAAAGUAUGUAACAGAAUUUGAAGAGGAGCCUGAGGAAGAGCAGGAGCAGGAAACAAAGAAGAAAAGAAUGACAAUGGAGUGGUGA